AAAUAUAAAUAAUGGUUUCAAGUCGGCCACGGGCCACCUUCUCCAAAAGGCAAGAGACUAGAGACCAGAGCUAAUUAUCGGAAGCGAAUUUCGGAGAAAUGGCGAUGGCGAAUAUCGCUCGGCGAAAAUCCACCGCUCUCUUUUCAUCAUCAUCAAAGCAUCUUUCCCACAACACCAAAUACUCUUCGAUUUUUAGCAGGGGAUUCGCUUCUGGAUCUGAUGAAAACGAUGUCGUCGUCAUAGGCGGCGGGCCCGGUGGUUACGUCGCCGCUAUCAAGGCGGCACAGCUCGGCCUCAAAACCACGUGCAUCGAGAAGCGCGGAGCUCUCGGCGGUACUUGCCUCAACGUUGGUUGCAUUCCUUCCAAGGUAUCCUCGUCUUCUCUAUUAAAUAUACACAGAACCCACUUCUUGUUUGACGAAAUGUCACAACCAAAUCCGGCGUACUCAGUUUGGCACCAAAAUGACCAAUCUGUUAUGAGUUUACUAAUCUCAUCUCUCUCCGAGUCUGUGAUGGCUCAUGUUCUUGAAGCUACCACCUCCCGCGAGGUAUGGCAGAUCCUUGAGGAUAUGUUUUCUGCUAAUUCUCAAGCCCGCGUGAUGCAACUAUUUUUCCAGCUCACUACCCUAAAAAAGGGGGCCGAAUCUGUUGCUAUCUAUUAUCGUCGUGCCAAACUUCUUGUGGAUACAUUAGCCAUGGCCGGAAAGCUGGUUCCCUCCUCCGAAUUCAUUGUAUUUCUGCUAGCCGGACUCGGUUCAGAUUUUGACUCGGUGGUGACUUCCAUCACCACUCAAGCUGUCCCUCUUUCUCCUGCCCAAGUUUACAGUCAUCUCCUGACUCACGAAUCUCGCAUCAAUCAUCAACUAAAAGACCUUACAUCUUCCGGAGAUCUAUCAGCCAACUUCUCGAGUCGACAACCUCUGGUGGUGAUCAGACCACCCCUCGAGGCCGAUGUUGUUCUUGUUUCUGCCGGUAGAACUCCAUUUACAUCUGGGCUCCAAUUGGAUAAGAUAGGAGUUGAAACCGACAAGGCUGGUCGGAUUUUGGUGAAUGAUCGGUUUGCCACAAAUGUACAAGGUGUAUAUGCCAUUGGUGAUGUCAUUCCUGGGCCAAUGUUGGCUCACAAGGCUGAGGAGGAUGGUGUUGCGUGCGUGGAGUAUAUUGCUGGCAAGCAAGGCCAUGUGGACUACGAUUUGGUACCUGGGGUUGUGUACACACACCCGGAGGUGGCAUCUGUAGGGAAAACCGAGGAGCAGGUGAAAGCGCUAGGAGUUGAAUAUCGCGUGGGCAAGUUCCCUUUCUUGGCCAAUAGCAGGGCAAAGGCAAUUGACGAUGCUGAGGGAAUUGUGAAGAUACUUGCUGAGAAAGAAACAGACAGGAUUUUGGGUGUUCACAUUAUGUCACCAAAUGCAGGGGAGCUUAUACACGAGGCUGUUUUGGCAUUGCAUUACGGAGCAUCUAGUGAAGACAUUGCUCGCACAUGCCAUGCUCAUCCGACAAUGAGUGAGGCGUUGAAGGAGGCUGCCAUGGCUACCUAUGACAAGCCCAUUCACAUUUAGAAAGGUAAUAAACAUUUUUUAUUUAAUGAGUUUUGAGUUGGUGUUUUGAGAGUUUCAAGACUCAAACUAGCUAGCAUAGUUUGUUUGGCUGUGAUCAACAAUGAUUUCACUUUCGAGUUAAAUGCUCUUCUGAUGAAGAUUUAUUAUUAAGUAAUAAUAAAACCAUGAAUAUGUGUACAUUUUUGGAGCUUAUUAUAAAGAUUUGUGCUUUGAGAUGCGGAAUAAAAUUUUCUCACUUUCUGUUAA